GUACUUACACACCAUCUACCUGGGCAUCAGGAGCAGGCAGAGCGCAGAGAAUGACCGCUGGAGGUUCUACUGGAGGAUGGUGUACGAGUAUGCUGACGUCAGCAUGCUCCACUUAUUGGCCACGUUCCUGGAGAGCGCACCUCAGCUGGUGCUCCAGCUCUGUAUCAUCAUACAGACUCACAAACUCCAGGCUGUGCAAGGGAUUACAGCAGCUGCUUCUCUGGUGUCACUGGCCUGGGCUCUGGCCUCCUACCAGAAAGCCUUGCGUGAUUCCCGCGAUGACAAGAAGCCCAUCAGCUACCUUGCUGUCAUCAUCCAGUUCUGUUGGCACUUCUUCACCAUCGCUGCUCGCGUAGUGACCUUCGCUCUCUUCGCCUCAGUAUUCCAACUCUACUUCGGCAUCUUCAUCGUGCUGCACUGGUGCAUCAUGACCUUCUGGAUCGUACACUGCGAGACCGAAUUCUGCAUCACCAAGUGGGAGGAGAUCGUCUUUGACAUGGUGGUGGGAAUCAUUUACAUCUUCAGCUGGUUCAACGUGAAGGAGGGACGCACCCGCUACCGUCUCUUCAUCUACUACUUCAUGAUCCUGGAG